UAAUAUAAAUGUAUGUUAUCCCACAGGUAGGUUCGAAGUUGAUCUCCUGUCACAAGCUAGUCCUGGCUUGUGUUAUUCCAUACUUCCGAGCCAUGUUCCUUUCUGAAAUGGCGGAAGCUAAACAGACAUUGAUCGAGAUCAAAGACUUUGAUGGUGAUGCCAUAGAAGAUUUGGUCAAAUUCGUCUAUUCAUCUCGACUGACUCUGACGGUAGACAAUGUCCAGCCUCUCUUAUAUGCGGCCUGCAUUCUUCAGGUAGAGGUAGUGGCCAAAGCUUGCUGUGAAUACAUGAAACUACACUUCCAUCCUUCAAAUUGCCUGGCAGUGAGAUCCUUUGCGGAGAGCCACAAUCGUAUUGACUUGAUGGAUAUGGCCGAUCGCUAUGCAUGUGAACAUUUUGCUGAAGUGGUGGAAUGUGAAGAUUUUGUGAGUGUGUCACCUCAGCACCUUCAUAAACUGUUGUCUUCCAGUGACCUGAGCAUUGAAAGUGAAAAGCAGGUUUAUGGUGCUGCUAUUAAGUGGCUUCUGGCCAAUCCACAGCAUCAUGCUACAUGGUUAGAUGAAAUAGUUGCUCAGGUGCGCCUACCACUGUUACCCAUUUGUUUUCUCAUGGGAGUAGUGGCAAAAGAAGAAAUUGUCAAGCAGAACCUAAAAUGUCGGGACUUGCUGGAUGAAGCAAGGAACUACCACCUUCACUUAAGUAGUCAUACCGUGCCAGAUUUUGAGUAUUCUGUACGGACAACACCAAGGAAACGCACAGCAGGUACCUUUUUCUGUGUUGGUGGUCGUGGUGGAUCUGGCGACCCAUUUCGCAGCAUUGAAUGCUACUCUAUAAAUAAGAACAGCUGGUUUUUUGGCCCUGAAAUGAACAGUAGGAGGAGGCAUGUGGGUGUAAUCUCUGUGGGAGGUAAAGUUUAUGCAGUGGGUGGACAUGAUGGAAACGAACAUCUGGGCAGCAUGGAAAUGUUUGAUCCUCUCACAAAUAAAUGGAUGAUGAAAGCAUCAAUGAAUACCAAAAGGAGAGGGAUUGCUCUGGCUUCUCUUGGAGGCCCCAUUUAUGCUAUUGGGGGACUGGAUGAUAACACUUGCUUCAGCGAUGUGGAGAGAUACGACAUUGAAUCUGAUCAGUGGAGUGCUGUAGCACCUAUGAAUACACCCCGGGGAGGUGUUGGCUCUGUGGCUCUUGUGAACCAUGUAUAUGCUGUUGGUGGAAAUGAUGGUGUCGCUUCUCUCUCCAGCGUGGAGAAGUAUGAUCCUCAUCUAGAUAAAUGGAUAGAAGUGAAAGAAAUGGGUCAGCGAAGAGCUGGCAAUGGGGUUAGUGAACUCCAUGGCUGCCUAUAUGUGGUAGGUGGCUUUGAUGACAAUUCUCCGCUGAGCUCUGUUGAACGAUUUGACCCUCGCAGCAACAAGUGGGAAUACGUAGCGGAGCUUACGACGCCUCGGGGUGGAGUUGGCAUAGCAACGUUAAUGGGCAAAAUCUUUGCUGUUGGAGGGCAUAAUGGAAAUGCUUACCUGAAUACAGUGGAAGCCUUUGAUCCUGUGGUGAACAGGUGGGAGCUUGUUGGUUCCGUGUCUCACUGCAGAGCUGGGGCUGGUGUAGCCGUGUGUGCCUGCCUUGGCAGCCAGAUCCGUGACAUGGGUCAAGGAUCCAGCAAUGUGGUGGAUUGCAUGUAAAAUCGAAGACUUUGUGAAAUGCCACAAUACUUUACAACCUUUGUGCAAAGACAUUUUGAUUUUUUUUAAAAGCAGUAUGUGUAGAUACUCAAAAGCUUUUUUUAUUUAUAGAACUUGUUCAUACCUGGUAGCAAACCAUGGUUUGGCAUUACAUGCAUGAGCUGAAUCAAGUUCAGUGCAUCCUUGGCCUUCUUUUCCUUCGUCUCUUCUUUGUCUUGGGCAAUGUUUAGCUUCACUUUCCCUGAAUCUCAGCCUUUCUUCUCAUCUGGACCAGGGAUCCUGAUUUCUCUCAAAUCCUGGAUAAACAACCCACCUUCAUAAUGCAUACCUUGAAUCUGGCUUAUCUUGAAAUUCACCAGAGUUUGUGAUAAACCAGUGCUUUGGAAAACAGGACCAGUUGAGAUGCAAGGAAUGUCCUUUUGGCCACAAGGGAAGAUCCACGGCAUUGCCAGGGCUCAUUCUAGCUUAUGCAUGUAGCACUAAGUUCGCAAAUAUGGCCUCACCAGUUGUUUAGUACAGGGGUGAGGAACCUGUGCCUUUCCAGAUGUUUGACUACAACUCUCAUCAUUCCUGAUCAUUGUCCAUUCUGCUGACGCCAAUGGGUGUUUGGGUCCAACAUUUGGAAGGCAACAGGUUGCUCUGGCUUAGAACACGUCCCCCAGUGUUUUCAUAGUAACAGAGAUGUGGGGACUUCAUUUUAAGCAUCUUAUUACUGCCAAAGAUGUUGGAGAACCUUUCGUCUGUAUAUUUCAAAUGACUGGGAUUUGUCCUCAAAAGUUGGUACACUUACAAUUAUCACAGUUAUCUAGAGAAUCCUUUAAGUCUUGUAUACAUUCUGUUUAAAAACUCUUGACUUUAUGUGUAAAUGUGUUCUACAGUUGUAACACUAUGCAGACCCAUAAAAACCUGGAAAACUCCAAACUCCUGAAAAGCGUUAAUUAGGAAAUUGACUUGAACAACACUUCAGAGAUUCUGGUGUUCUGAUAUCUUGGUUUUCAGAAACUGCAUUUGAUGCCAGUUUUGUUUGCUCUGGCAAUACAGAUGAAUCGGUUUGUAACAGAACUACAUUCUGCUUCCUUGUUGAAAAUUGUACAGUAGAAACAAGGAUCAUGAACUGUCUGGAUCAAGGAUGAUGAUGAAAUAGUGGUUGCUGGUGAUGUUGUAACAGGGUGAAGUAUAUUGCUUAUGAACCAUCUUCAUUUCAUCCUAAGAGCUAGAACAGAGGCUUUCAACCUUUUUGAAUCCACAGCUCCCUAGGCCAACUACAUUCUUUCUGUGGCACCCCUGUAGGGCUCAGGAGUCCAGUUAUGUCACCCUUUGCCUGCAGAGCUGGCAGCCUCUCACCCUUUUUUCAAAUGCCCUCCCUUGUGGCGUGUUCCCUCAGCCUCCUCUCCUUGGGAGUCCUCUGGGCAGCAGCUGCUGCUGCCCCUAGUCUCUGAACUCUCCCCCUGCCCCAAAGAGAGGUGCCUCAUCACACUGCCCCACAGGAAGAGGGUGCCCCCAGGCUUAGUGGCUCAGUGGAAACUGGCCAAAGGUGAACGUGAGACCAGCCUGCAGGGUGGAAAGACUCUGCUUUAGCACUGGGCACUCAGCUCCCAGGCAGGCCUUGCACACAGUAAGUGCAAGAAAGGCCAGCACAGUGCCUGGCUGCCUGCCUGGCUUCCAACUUGUUUGCCUAUUUGCAACAGCAAGGGCUGGUGGACUGGCUAGCUGAGCUCACUUGCCCAUUUGCUUGCUUACUCCAAGGCCACCUCAGCUCCUGGCAACCAGCACGCCAUGGCCAGCCCCAGAGGCACCAUUUGCCUGGGGAGCUUGUAGCCAGGGCUGCUGCAACAAACAGCCACACAAACCUUUGGGAGGCAGAGAUGUGAGCGGGCAUCAGAGGGAAGGAAACAGAUACAGAGGCCACUUUUGCCCACGGCACCACUGACCAUCAUUCAAGGCACUCCAGGAUACCACGGCACACUGGUUGGAAACCACUGAGUUAGAGGGAUUUUUGUGUCCACUCUCCUGCUGCUUAUGAAUCACCUUUCUCUGUUUUCCUUGAGGUUACUGGCUUUUACUUCAGUUUCCAACCUUGCAUCUGAAUCCUGGACCAUUCCAUUUUCAGAUUUCUCAUGUGACUUUUGGGACAAUCGUUCAGCAAAUCAUUUAGAAGCUGGUCAUCUUGUGCUGCUCACCUUGAAUGGACUUUUCUGGUUAGUUUGCAAUGCCAGAAAAUGAAUUUGCCUUAAUGAUAAUGAAAGGGAUAGGCUUUUUAGUUUUGUUUUUCUUAUGUAUGUGUCGCGUGUGCAUGUAUGCUCACUUUAUAUUCAAAACAAUCAUUGCAAGUCAUUUCCCAAAGAAGUUAUCUCACUUGGGGCCCGAUCCUGCAAUGCCACCACAGGAUGGAGGAACCUUUGUGGAAUCCCUGUCAGAUGGAGGCUUUGUCCCUGGGUGAAUAUCUGCAGAGAUCCAGGUUUUAAUAUGGUAUGAAGUUGGGGAAAUAGGUUGGCACCCAGCAUCUCACUGUGUGAGCUCCUUGAAGAAGAAGCAGUACAUAAGGAAAAGUUUGUAGUCUUAACCCAUGCUGGUUCAUUUCCAUACCCCCCUCCCCUUCCUGGUGGGAGAGCUAGUGUUUUGGAAUGGAUCAAGCCUUUCUCUAGUGGUUUAAGUGUGUCUUGUUCUAUUGUUAACUUAGAGGAGAGUACAGUUGUUAAAUCAUGCUAAAUAUUUCUAUUGGGCAGCCUGAAGGAAAGAUGAAAUUAGACUUGUGUGUACAUCAGUUGAAGGUUUACUUAAUUUGCAGUCUUUUCCUUUUAAAAUUUAAUUUACCUGAUUUGAUGUAGUGGGUCUAAUUUUUAUCCCCACCCCACCCCGAUUCUUUGUCAGAACUGCACUGAAUUUCUUUUGUUCUGGUUACUUAGCACUCAACCUAUGGAGCUCUGCAUGUGAGACAGUGUAUAGCUGUAUUUUAAGAGCAAGCAUCUUGGGGCAGCUUACCUCUGUUGUGGCAAAAGCUCACGAUGCAAGAAACAGAGUGCCACAUCCUUUUAUCAUAAAGGAAAUUGGGCGCUUUGAUAUUGGGCAUGCGAUUUGGGAGCUGCCUCAACACAACUACAUAUGAAAUUGUAACUUCCCAUCUCACAAGGGAAAAUUUGGGCAAAAUGUAUAUGGCUAAAGCUUUAUGCCUAAACAUUUUAUGGUGGGUGGGAUUGGCUUUGCGGCACAAUAUGGGCAUAACAACACUGUGUUUCUUGGAGAAACAGAUAUUUAAUGAUUCUCUGUAUGUAGUUCUAUCACUUUACUAUUGCACUGCCACUUCUAAAACCUGGUUUGUAUUAGUCUGUGGUAUCCAGUGGACAAAAUGCAGAAUGAAGUGGUGUGGUAUGUUGUGUGGAAAUUGGCAAUAUUGUAAUAAAAUGCAUUUAUUUGUU